UUUGAAAAGAUAUCUUCACGAAAUUUGAUAUAGAUUAUAACGCUAUACAACGCUACAAUAUUUCAAGAAAUUGUUCAGAUCAGACCGCUGUAACAUAUAGCUACCAUACAAACUAGCCUAUCAAAAUCGAGUUCUUGCAUGGAAAAUUUGGUUAUUUGAUAAUUAAUCUUCAUGAAAUUUGGCAUGAGUUAUUAUUCAAGAUAACAGUACAAUCUCCAAACAUAUGUAUAGUUCUGAUCGCAUGACCAUAACAUGCGGCUGCUCUACAAACUGGCCAAAUAAAAUAAAAAAAAAAUAUUUUUUUAACCUCCUUUUUUAUAAGAAAUUCACCUGUGAAGGGUACUAUAACUUCGGUGCUCUCGAAGUUUAUAUUUUUUCUUAUUUUAAUAAUAUUUUUUGCAACUUGUUUCUAUAACUUUUUGCUUAAAUCAUAAGCUUUGCUGCUGCGCUCAUCGAUUUCAUCAUUUCAAUCGCCAUUAAAUUUGCAUUCCAUAACGGAUUACUCAACAAAAAACGCUGUACAUACACAAGAACGCUUGCAGUUUUUACGCUUUACACGCUCUUUAUUGAUAUCAAUCACCAUUUAAUUGAUUGUUGCACACAUACAAUUCCACAAAUUGCUUACACAAAAACAUAUAAAUCAUUUAAUGUGUCCUUAUAAAAUGCUGCCACGCAAAGAAGUUCCAACGCGCCGCUCCAAUUUGCUGCGUGGCCCAAGUUUGAGCUUAAGGCCUCAGGGUAGCAGUAAAAUGGAUCGCUACGAGAAAUUGAGUCGACUUGGCGAAGGUUCAUAUGGCGUCGUCUACAAAUGUCGUGAUCGUGAAACGGGCGCCUUAGUGGCUGUCAAAAGGUUUGUGGAAUCGGAAGAUGAUCCGGCUAUAAGAAAAAUUGCGUUGCGCGAAAUUCGACUGUUAAAGAAUCUGAAGCAUCCCAAUCUGGUCUCACUACUGGAGGUAUUCCGGCGUAAGCGACGUUUGCAUUUGGUAUUUGAAUUUUGCGAGUUGACAGUGUUGCACGAAUUGGAGCGACAUCCGCAAGGCUGUCCGGAGCAUUUAACCAAACAGAUCGUCUACCAAACAUUGCUGGGUGUGGCAUAUUGCCACAAGCAGAACUGCCUGCAUCGCGACAUUAAACCGGAGAAUAUACUGUUGACAGCGCAGGGACAAGUGAAGCUGUGCGAUUUCGGUUUUGCGCGCAUGCUGAGUCCUGGCGAGAAUUACACAGACUAUGUUGCCACCCGCUGGUAUCGCGCGCCGGAGCUGCUUGUCGGCGAUACACAGUAUGGCACCGCUGUGGAUGUGUGGGCCAUCGGUUGUCUCUUUGCGGAGCUGGUGCGCGGCGAGGCGCUGUGGCCCGGUCGGAGCGACGUGGACCAGCUGUAUUUGAUACGCAAAACUUUAGGUGACCUGCUGCCGCGGCAUAUACAGAUUUUCUCACAAAAUGAAUAUUUUAAGGGCAUUACAUUGCCGGUGCCGCCAACGCUGGAGCCGCUCGAAGACAAAAUGCCAGCAAAAUCACUACAAAAUCCGCUCACCAUAGACUUUCUCAAAAAAUGCCUCGACAAGGAUCCGGCCAAGCGUUGGUCCUGCGAAAAGCUCAUCAAACACUCAUACUUCGAUGAUUACGUGGCCAAACAGCGUGAACUGGAGCAUGUUAAUAGCCUCGAAGCGGCCGCACUGCAACGACAACAACAAUUGCUGCAGCAACAACAACAGUUGCAACAACAUUUGAUGCUACAGCCACAUAGUCAACAAUUGCAGCCACAAUCUCAGCAACACACACCACUGCAGGCGCAACAUCACCAGCAACAGCAACAACAACAACAGCAAACGCCAUUGCUACUGGCAGCGCAGGCGGCGCGUGACAAAUCUAAGACUUCAAAUACAUCGCUUCCAUUGCUGACCAACACCCAGCUGUCGCAUCAUCAUGCGGACUAUGUGAAGCUGCAACCGAUUAAUAAGAAUGCCACAUUGCUCCAUCGCACCGAACAUCAUUUGCCAACGAUAUAGUGUGUUGCGCAAGCAUGUGUCCAGCAAAACACAACAACAUCAACAACAACACAAAGACAUCAACGAGGCUGCCGCUGGCCUGCUAGUAGCGGGCAGUUGUGGCAACAUUGGCUGCUGACAAUGCUUGCGUCGGUUGGUUGGCCACCAACGUUGGCUUGUUGCAACUACAUUCUGCUUUGUGUCCACCAUCCGGUGUGUAGUUGCAGCAACACUUAAUUGGCGCUUUUCGGCGUAUUGGCGCGGCAUGUGGAGAGCAUUUCGUAACUGUUUUGAUUUUCAUCUUUAAUUGAGAUCUAAAUUUAAUUUGACUUAGAUGCAUAUGUGUAUUUUUUUAUCAAACAAAAGCUGUAUAUGUCCAAUAUAAAAUAUAAAUUCAAUAAUAAAUAAUUAGUAAUAAUCAAUGUAA